GCCACGUGAGUUCUCCGUGGCGGUCCUUACACGCAAGGUGGGCAGCAUGUCGGCGGCAGCGGCGGCUCGAAAACGCGGAAGGUCGGCCUCGGGGGCCGGGGCCGGUGCAGGGGCCGGCAAGCGGCGGCGGAAGGCGGAUUCUGCCGGGGAGAAGGGCAAGUCCAAGGGAGGCGGCAAGAUGAAUGAGGAGAUCUCCAGCGACUCCGAGAGUGAGAGCCUAGCUCCCAGGAGGACUGAGGAGGAAGAGGAGGAGGAGCUGGAGGAGACAGCCCAGGAAAAGAAGCUGCGCUUGGCCAAACUCUACUUGGAGCAGCUCAGGCAACAAGAGGAGGAGAAGGCUGAGGCCCAGGCAUUUGAGGAGGACCAGGUGGCAGGGCGCCUGAAGGAGGACGUGCUCGAGCAGAGAGGCAGGCUGCAGAAGUCGGUGGCAAAGGAGAUUCAGGCCCCAGCCCCGGCUGACAUCCAAGUCUUGCGGGGGCACCAGCUCUCCAUCACAUGCGUGGUCAUCACCCCCGACGACUCAGCCAUCUUCUCUGCUGCCAAAGACUGCACCAUUAUCAAGUGGAGUGUUGAGAGCAGACGGAAGCUUCAUGUGAUCCCACGAGCCAAGAAGGGUGUGGAGGGGCAGCCCCCCGGCCACGGCAGCCACAUCCUCUGCAUGGCCAUCUCCUCUGACGGCAAGUACCUUGCCUCGGGUGACCGCAGCAAGCUCAUUUUCAUUUGGGAGGCCCAGAGCUGCCGGCACCUGUACACUUUCACGGGACACCGGGACGCUGUGUCGGGGCUGGCCUUCCGCAGAGGCACCCACCAGCUCUACAGCACGUCCCACGACCGCUCUGUGAAGGUGUGGAAUGUGGCGGAGAACUCCUAUGUGGAGACACUCUUUGGGCACCAAGACGCCGUGGCCGCGCUGGAUGCCCUGAGCAGGGAGUGCUGCGUGACGGCCGGGGGCCGAGACGGGACGGUGCGCGUGUGGAAGAUCCCGGAGGAGUCCCAGCUUGUCUUCUAUGGCCACCAGGGCUCCAUCGACAGCAUCCAGCUCAUCAAUGAGGAGCACAUGGUGUCGGGUGCAGACGAUGGCUCUGUGGCCUUGUGGGGCCUCUCUAAGAAGCGGCCACUUGCCCUGCAGCGUGAGGCCCAUGGGCUGCAGGGGGAGCCAGGCCUGGAGCAGCCCUUCUGGGUGUCAUCGGUGGCAGCCCUUCUCAACACGGACCUUGUGGCUACAGGCUCCCACAGCUCUCGCGUGCGGCUCUGGCAGUGUGGGGAGGGCUUCCGACGGCUUGACCCCCUCUGUGACAUCCCCUUGGUGGGCUUCAUCAAUAGCCUCAAGUUCUCCACCUCUGGGGAUUUCUUGGUGGCUGGGGUGGGGCAGGAGCACAGGCUUGGCCGCUGGUGGCGCAUCAAAGAGGCUCGGAACUCCGUCUGCAUCAUCCCCCUCCGCAGGGCCCCCAGGCCCCCCACUGCCGGCUCCUGACUCCUCUCCACUUUAUUUAAGUCCUUCCCAGGCCAGGCCCUGCCCUCUUUGUAUUAAAAGCCUCCUCUUUUGGGC